AUGAUAUCAGCGUUCGAUAAUCGCUUAGUGGUUGCUCCAGCGGAAGGUAAAGAUUUGUGGCUUCUCCAUGACGGUGUAUUAUUGUAUCUGAUGGCUAGCGCAAAUUUGGUACCAGCAAAACUAACUUUAGCUUUGCAAAACUGCUUUGACGCAAAAAUUUUACGAGUUGAUGAGAUCAACAAGCGCUUGUUUUUACGGCCAUUGGACUUAGAAAACGAGUUCAAAACCCUCAGCAACCGUUUGGAAAACUGUGAACUUAUAGCAUUUUAUGCAAUCGACACAGGCGAGGAGUUUUUCUUGGGUAAAGACCGUUUUUUGAAUGAUGAGUUGGAACAGGGCUCACCCCUCAGGUUAUCAAGAAGGGUGAAAAAACUGUAUCCACCUUUUAUUGUUUCUCACUUAUAUGUAAAAGAUGACAACUUUAGCAAGUUUAUAGAAGUUUUUUGUUCUGUUAGAAAAGUCCUGAGCGAUAUAAGACCAAUUUCCUUCAGCAAAGCUGAUUAUAGUGGAAAAGAAGUUUUGAAAAUGGUGGAGUCAACUAUCGUUUUCCAGCAUUUUAAACGUCCCGAUAAGCCUCUCAUGAUAGAUUCAACUUGCCUUAAGAGUGCCGCGUGUAUUGUACGUGUUAAACGAUUGAAAAAUGGCCAUUUUCAGGCCGUUAUCGCAGAGGCCAUCCCAAAGAAAGACAGUUGUUUUGCUCACUUAGUCGAUUAUGGACGGAGGGUAAAAUGCGAUUUGGAUCAGCUGUUUGACUGGCGAGAUCAGCUUACCAAUAUUCAAAUUCUAUUCAUCGUUCAUGAUGAAACACUUUGCUUUAUCGACUAA